AUGGAGUCUGCGAAAAGAGGCAAGGAGACAGCGAAAAUGGUGCAAAUCUGGAAGAAAGAUCAUAACAAAUGGGUCAUCUAUCAUGAAGAGUGCGAUGUGAAGAAGUAGAU